UGUACUGCAGAGCUGGAGUUAUCUAUCUUAACGCUCUUUGUCGCAGAUGGAGCCACGCACUCGAGGUUCGCCCUUCCAUUGGUUCGCAGUUUUGGCGGGCUCUUGGGCUGUUUUUGCGCGUCUUUGCGGCAGAAUACGUGCGGUUGGAUCCUAUGGUGCGGUCUGUGCGGUUACAGAACGUGACAGCCGUGUCAGUUGUCAGUGCGGUCUUGCAGCGUUACCGUGUUAAAACAACGGCGUGGUCAGGCAGAAUGUUUACAAACGUCGACGUCCGCGGCGUGGCACGAGGACGCUGCUCUCGCGACACGUGUGAUUGCGACGGGUUUUCGCGCUCCCACACAGAAGUAUACGUCGGUGAAAGCGGGUUAGUCCAGUGCGGCUGGUGUUGCUACUGCGGACAUUCACCUGUCUGUCACACUCGCAUUGGCACAAACGUACUUGGACAGGAAGAAAUUGUUUUAGUCAGCUGGCAGGCUGCCCCACCACCAUCACUUGACCAGUCAGCAUGUCAGGGCUGGGACGGUGACACGCUGGAACCAGCACAGCCCGUGAUCGACGAUGAUGUCAUUUUGGUGGAAUCUGAGGACGAGAAGCCUGCCUUACCCGAUGAAAACCAACAGCUAGAGCAGCGCAAGGAUGUUUCCUUUUUGGAAGUGUCCUCUUUGAAUGCGGAUCUUCUGCAGCAGGUUGAAAAACUCGAACAGGACAAUGAGCAGCUAAAGAAGCAUCUUGCCGAUAAAAAAGAAAUUUCUGAAUCACUUUUUAAUUUGCUUUCCAAAUCAGUUGUCUUGGGGAAGACCCUUCAGCAACUGCUACUCGAACGAGAGAACCGUGAUGAGAACAAUCCGAGCAACAGAGACGGGACAAGUGUAGACGACAGCGAACUGCUACCCGAACAAGAAAACAGUCCCAGGAGCAUUUCAAGAAAGGGCCACGAGAACAUUCUACGGAAGGGACCCAGGAAGGGUCCUAGGAAGGGUCUCAAGAAGAGUCUUAGGAGGAGUCCCAGGAGUCCCAAAAGGAGCCCCAGCGGCAUAUGUGACGACUCAUCCAUGAGCACUGAAAAGCUGCGGCUAGGAAGCUUCGACGGCUGUUGUGCUACUGACAGAGUCUGUGAACUUAACUUCCAGAGCCUCAAGCGCAGGAGACCCAAUGUACGGAGCAUAAUGGUGGAUAUCGGUAACGGCGUCUUGGUGAAGGAAAAGCAACUGUCCAAGCUUUUCAAUCCCCACAUGAGUGCAACCAAAUUCGGCCGCUGCCUUCUCCGCACAGUCUUCACUCCUGACGAGCUAAAGGGAAAGUGCCUCAUGGGGAGGAACAAAAAAGGAGACAAAGAGCCACUGGACCCAAUCCGCGUGAAUGCUGUCAUAGGCUAUACCUGUUCCAAGUUCCCUGUGAACAAACACUUCUUGAUCUCAAGUCUUUCUACCAUGCUGUAUCACUUAAGCCCUGGAAAACGUCCAUCAUCUCUAACAUUUCGCUGACGUGCAUGUCAAUGUUGAGUUUUUUUAACAUCAGCAGUGUGGUUUCCAGGUGUUUGUGCAAGUUGUAAGCAACCUGUGUUGCCUUUCUUGCUGAACCACCCCGAAGUUUUCCAACUUAUUGUGAUACAUUGCAACAUAGCGGGGCUUUUGCUAUGUUUAGCUUAUUCCCUUAACCAUUUACAUUAGUAUUUUGUUAAGCUGAACUGCUCAUAAGUAGUAGAGUGAUUUUAUCACUCAUUUUUGUGUGCCAAAAAAAUUUUCAAUACAUAUCAAGCUGCGAUAUCAAGAAGGGUUUACAAGAAGGAAGCACAACAUUCCAGUUAGUUUAUUGAUCUCCAAUGAGUCUUCAUAUUUAUAAUUUCUUUAAUAAUGUUUUGCUUUAUUGUACGUUUUUAAAUGUAAUUAUUUUACUUUGUUCAAAGCCUCGGCAGAAGUAUUGCUGAAUUUAACGGUGUAUGCAGUUCUAGUGGCAGCCGUGAAUGUUCCUAGCAUCCCUGUGUAUCUCUUUCGUUAAGAUGAACUGCUCAUAAGUAGAGUGAUUUUAUGUUAUUUCUAUGUGCCAAAGAAAGUUCAAUAAAGGUCAAGCUGUGAUAUCAA